UCCUGGCCCUGCCCCCAAAGCAGUGGAAUGCAGUAAGGGCUGACUCCAAGGCAGCCUGGUCUGCCUCCAGCCUCCCCUGAGACUUACCGCAUAGGACCUUGGGCAUAAAAGCACAGCCCACCAGGUGGGGUGCCCACGUCCCAUGAGGAAGGCUGCAGGUCACAACCAGGACCCAUGCCUGCCCCUGCAGAGACUCUCAGCUCCCGUGCUCCCUCCCACCACCUGGCAGAGCUCACACAACAGGGCUGGCCUCAACCCGUCUUCAGAGAGGCCCGGAGGAACCGAGUGGCAGUGGUGGCUUCCUUCCUCAUCAGUCACGGGGAUCACAGCUCCCGUCCCUGAGCUGAGCCUGGGUCACACAGCUUACUGCGCCUGCUGAAGGAGCCAGGAGCACAGUGCCAGCCAGCAUGAGCCCAGGAGUCCGUGUGCUGAGAGCCCUGCUCUUCCUCCUGGAUGUCGGAGGAGCUCGGGUAUUGGCCUCCGGCAAGUCUAUGGGGACUGAGAUUGAUUUCAAAUACGCCCUCAUUGGGACCGCGCUGGGUGUUAUGAUCUCCGCGGGUUUCCUGGCACUGAAGAUCUGCAUGAUCCGGAAGCACCUGUCGGAUCAGGACUCUGCUGACCUGAGGAACACAGCCCCAGGCGUCACUGGCCCCUUCGUGCAGAGGAAGAAGAGGAGCUUGUCACUGAGGGAUGCCCAGGUGAUUGAGCUGUGACAAGUGGCCGUGGCAGGAGAGGCCCAGCUGUCCGAACAGUCGCCCACAUUCCAAUUUGGGGAUACUUUCAUUCAAAUGUUCAAGGCUGGGGAUGGCACCCCAUGAGGACUCCAUGUUGGAGGCAAAUGACAGCCCAAGGAGUUAAGUCUACAGCGCCUCUGCUCUGCCAGGGUGACUGCUCCUCUUCCACAGGAAGCUGGCUGCAUACAGGGAGGACAUUAGCCAGCUGUAGGCAAAGAUGAGAACCAGUAAAUCUACAACAUCUGACCUGGUGCCCUUGCCAGAGUAGUUCCUGAAUCUGCCCCCUUCAAUGGCUCAAAGGAAUGGCUUCCUUAGCACUUCAUCUUAGCAGCAUUACCCAUCUCUUUCUGCAGACACCUGCCUUUCCCUUGGCAGCCAAGGGCCUGGCCUGCAGCUUGAAGCUCUUCAAAUAGAGGAGCCAACAAAGUAUCAAGUGAGAAAGCAGAGGCUGUGCUUCUGUAGAGCUCUAUAAUGCAACCUGUUGUCAUCCCCAUGUUAUGUGCAGAUUGUUGCAUGCGCAUGGCACAUGCAUGGAAGCCAUGAUUGGCAGGGGAGCAGGAGGCCUGCAUCAUCUAUUCUUGUCCUCGGUCUGAGGAUUCUCUCACCUGUCUUUCCAAACUCACAUUUCUAGGGCUGCAUUAUGAAGGCUCUUCUCUUCUACAGAAGUCCGGGUGGCUGUGUGGGCUGAUUCUUCUCAGAUGGGUGCCCUCCUUGUGCAUGAUGCCAGAUGAGCUAUAUUUCAACAGAAGAUGCUAUGUUAGAGUCACCUACCUGGAUUCCUGGAAUCCCAGGGCAUCUUUUACCUGACUUGAUAACAAUGUUCUUCAUUAGCAGCUUUUGUUAACUGAUAACUUGAAGUGAUAAUGCGGUAUUCAUAAGCAAUUUUCUGUGUGUAAGAUAAAAUAAACUAUCUUGU